AUAUAAUAACGAUAUGGGAAUAAGUUGGAGUAAUUAGAAUAUUAGCCGACGUGGAGAUAGUAAAAUGGAGACAUCACAAAUAUCGUCCUCAAGGGAUGCACCUGCGCGCGCCUGGUGGUUGUUACGAACAGACUUGGUGGUGAAUCCGUGUGUGCACAUUCACUCACCGAUCUGGUGGAGCCGGUUUGUUUGUUCAUCUCCGAAAUCGGCGGCAAAAAUUUUCGAAAAUUCGCACACGCCACACGACAUGUUUCAGUGAAGAAUAAAUAGAUAAGAACAAUCCCAAAUAUAUUACAACCACCAAGGUAGUGCUUGCAAUGAUUAGAUUUAGUGUGUUAACGGAAAACUAACUACAAUUUCGAAAAAUAUGUCAAGGAGAAAACAACCUAAUCCUGCAAAACUAGAAGAAACGGAAAUUUCUACUACCGGCCAUACGAACAAAAAAAAUUGUAACACUUCAAACUCGCAAAUAAAAGAAGAGGAAACUGAUGACAAUUUUCAAAAGAAUGUCAACAACUUUGGAUCUUCAACUGACAAUAAUGACGAAAAUUACAUCAAGAUAGAGCAGUUUGACCAGGAAGAUCAUGAAGACAGUCUAGGUUCAGUUGGAACAAAUCAAGCCAGCUGGGAUUCGAAUACACCAGAGCAGGCAUCCCCUACGUCCAGCUCGUGUCCCACGCCCAGUUCAAUUGUAAGCGAUGUUACAGACGCGGAAGUUUUUACAGUGGGUGUUACAGAAAGCACCCCGCACGCGUGUAAAAUAUGCAACAAAGCGUUCGCAAAAACUUCACAACUUACCCGCCAUGAACAGACUCAUUCCGAUCACUUACAGUACAACUGCGUAUAUUGUCCCCGAUUAUUCAAACAUAAAAGGUCAAGGGACAGACAUAUUAAACUUCACACCGGAGAUAAAAAAUACAAAUGCUCCUUUUGUGAUACUGCGUUUUCAAGAAGCGAUCACUUAAAGAUCCAUUUGAAAACUCAUGACAAUAGUAAACCUUUCAAAUGUUUUCUCUGCAAUCGGGGCUACAACACGGCAGCAGCUCUAACAUCCCACCAACAAAGUCAUAUUAAACAGGACAAAGAUAAGGAUCAGAACAGUUCAGAAAGUCACGCAUGUUCGUACUGUCCGGAAACUUUUCAAAAAAUGGAACUGUUACAGGCUCAUACAUCUUCACAUCAUUUGGAACCUUUAACAGAUAACGCCCAAAAAGAUGGAAACGGUGAUGGUACGAAAUGGUUAUGCAUGUAUUGUGCUAAAGAUUUUUUAUCGCUCGACGAAUUACAACAGCACGUGAAUAAUUCGCACGAUGUUAUAAUCGAUUCAAAAGGGGACGAUUCGUCCUGUAAAUCUUCGUCUCAAAUUAUUAAACAAGUCCAGCGUGUCUCGUAUCCCUGUUACAACUGCACAAUGCAAUUUUAUUGCCUUGAAAAAUUAAGGGACCACAUGGCUAGAGUUCACUGCGGAGCGACGACACAACAGAAAAUCCUCUCCAAUGCCGUUUUAAAAGAUUGCAAUAUUUGUCUUCCUGUAUCCCAGAACAACAGUGCACCUCAACCCUCCCUAACACAAACCUCUAGUGAUCAUUCCAUUCAGUUAUUACCAACGGAUCUAACUUGGAAACGCAAGGCAGAAUUGUCCGACGAAAACGGACAUUCAAAAAGGUUCCUACAAAAAGCAGACGCUGUCGAAGGUUGUGAUAACGACAAGUGCGAAUGGCCCAUUUACAUUUGUAAUAUCUGCGGAACCCAGUUGCCAAAUUUCUCUAGUUUUAUGUUACAUAUGGACAAUCACAUACCGGGAACUGACAGGAAUAGUACCAUAUUCCUGGAUUAUUGCCCCUUGUGCGGGGAGCCUUGCAGAGACCAGGUGGAAGUGAACAAUCACAUCCUGGUCCAUGCUAUCUCCUUGAAAUUGGGCAAGUGUUGUGGCAUUUGCAAAACGGUCUUCAAUUACAAUUCCGACGAAUUACAAAGGCAUAUGUUGGAUGCACAUGUAUCAACCACUUACAAAUGCUCCAUUUGCGAAGACACGUUUGACGUAAAGUCAGAAGUAUUGAUACACAUGACGAAAAAGCACAGCAAUGAAUGUCAACAUUACCGAUGUAAGUUUUGUCCUGAUCAGACAUUCCAUGAUCGUGUUGACGCCGAAGUGCACAUUUCGCAACACGCUCCCAACCUUCUAAACACAUUAUGCCGAAAUACAAACCAUCUUAUCUAUCCAACCAUGAAUAAUUCUAAUAACAGCGGAUUGCAACAAAAGAAAUCGAAAACACUGCAAUGUCCCUUCUGCCAUAAAUGUUUUCAAACGGAGCAACACCAAUACCUGCACAUAAUAAGAGAACACAAAGACAUCCGCGAAAUGUACAGAAAGAGAAUUUUCGAAAUAAAUCCUGACGCCCAACGACAAUUACAGUCCACUUCUCCGAGCAUUUCGUCUUUGAAUCCUGUUACAUCUUCCGACCUUUCAACGAAAUACGAGGUGAAUCAUGAGCGUUACAAAUGUGACAUUUGCGAUUGUAAAGAUUUCAUUAACGAAGGUGAUCUGUUAGCCCAUAAAAAACUUCAUCAGUCGAAAUCGAAAGCGAUAUCUGUCAGCCUUCACUGCGCAUAUUGUAACGAACUCUGUAAGUCUCGGACCGAUUUGGAAAAUCAUACAAAGAGCCAUCAAAUUAACUCGACUAAAGGAAAACACAAGUGCAACAUCUGCGACGAAAUAUUCCAGUCUGGUAUGACUCUUGCGGAACAUAAACUGUCCCACUGUAAAAUUGUUUCGGGAAAUUCCUGCACCCAUUGCAGAACUGUCCUUUCCGACGAACAAACAUUCUACAAUCACCAACUUCAACACAGUACCGUUCUCAACAAGCAAAACUCCCAAAUGUCUCUUCCAGCCAACUGUAUUAUUUGUUGUCAAACGUUACAAAGCGAAGUUGAAAUUAAACUGCACGCAAAUUUUCAUCUCAGGCAUCUGCUCAACAAAGAUUUGAUUUGUAGCAUUUGCAAAAAUUCCUUUAGCAGUGCUAACGGGCCUCUAAUAUCCACUGCGAACAAUGACAAUACUACUAUUAUGUAUGUUUGUAAGGAGUGUUUUAGUAAAAAUGGUACCAGUAGUACUUCAAACAGUCCACUGUAUCCCAUUAUAAAAUACGAGACCGAUGAGAAGGUGACCACUUGUCAGCAUUGUCAUCAGGUGUUCCAAACGGAGGAAAAGGCCAUGAAACAUUUAGCAUCCCACGGCGUUUUCGACACAGGAUCUAGUUACGUGUGCCAUCUAUGUCGAAGUUUCUUUCCGACAUCUUUGAAACUCCAAGUCCAUGUCAUAGAACAUAAUUUUUUCGGUUCGGGCCAGUUCAGAUGUUACAUUUGCAGUACCAUUUUUACCACAGCUUCGGGUCUACUAUCCCAUAUGAUAAAACACGGCUCGAACGCUAAACCUUACGAGUGUCCGCAAUGUCAGAUGAAAUUUUUCUUUCAAACCGAACUGGAUAAUCAUCGCGACGACCAUUUGGCAUCCAUACAUCACAAGAAUUACCAAACUAUCUCAUUCUCACCGAAUUCCAACGAACCAAGCGAAUUGACAUCGAACAAACAACAGCAUUGCCAAUGUUACGAGUAUCCCUGGUCGCCAUCGGCUUCCGAAAAACAUUUACAACAUUGUCCGCUAAAGAUCACCGUCAAGAAAGAAUAUAGGUCUAGCGUUUCGCCAAAAAACGAGCUCAGUUUGAAAAAAGAAAACGGAGAUGCAAGCACUUCUACACCUUCGGAUGUUGAACGAUGAGAAACCAAAAUAAAAAAGUGAACACGUUGAUGGUUAAAAUAAUAUAUAAUCAUUUUGGACGCUUCCGUCCCAAAUGGUGCAUAACAAAUCGGGCUUUUUGAUGCCAAAUUUACGUAAAGUGUAAAUAUCGGACUUAUUAUUAUUAUUAUUAAUGAAGGCGUUGUAAUUUAGGUGAUAGUUGUUUUUGUUAAAUACAUGCCUAUAGAUAAUUCGUUAUCACUUCAGUGUAUUACUGCGCGUUUUUCAUACUAUUUUAUUUGUUUGUAUAGUUAAUAAUUCUGUUACCUUACUUAAUAUUUAGAAACGAAGCGAGGUAAACUAUGGACUGAAAAAAAAAGUAUUUUUUCUUUCCACAGUUUGUCCUGGGUCCAUGUAAAACAGCCUACAUAUGUAUAAUGAAUGGUACACAGUACUAAAGACUGUUCUUUUUGCUAUUGUUAGCAAUCAAUUAGAUUAGGUGUGAAUAUUGUGAUAUUACCCAUUAGUUAAAAUUAUUUGUAACUGUUGUAAGUUUCAGUUGUUCUAAAGCAUUUUUCUUGUUGCCUAGUUGCUCAUUUACGUAAGAAAAUAAUGCUGCAAUAAAUAGCGUAUAAAAUUUCUUUUUCGUCUGUAAAAGUAUAAACCAUAGGCAUUACAAUAGUAAGCGACCAUCCAAAUUAAAAGUAGUUGAAACAUUACCUAUAUUUUAUAAAUAAUGAACAAUUUACUAGAUUAUAAAUGAAUCGUUAAAUGCUACUGUUUUUGUUAUUUUUCACAAACAACAUUUAAUCAUUUGUGAGUUCUAUUUUAAAUAUUAAAAAAAAAAUGUAUAAUUCUCAAAUACUAAUCAAGUACAAUUCUAAUUUGUAAAUGUUGAAUAAAAUUUCACACAUCA